AUGGUCACGGGCUCUUCCGCAGGUAUCGGCCUUGCUUGUGCAAGAGAACUUGCCAGUCGUGACUUUGACAUUAUUCUGCUCGGUCACAAGGAGCACGAGCUUGAGGAGGCACGUCGCCAGGUCUUAGCCAGGAGGGCUGACGUUCAGGUCAAAACUGUCAUCAUCAACUGUGUUACAGCAACAGCCGAGGAUAUUCACAGGGCUCUCCAACCAAUUUAUAAUCUGGAGAUCACAGUUCUUGUCAAUAACGUUGGCGGUCUGGUGCCAGUACAACCAUCUGGGUUCAAGCCGAUAUGGAGGUACACAGCUGAGGAAAUCGACGCCACUAUCAACCUCAACCUACGCUUCAUGGCUCACUUGACUCGUUUGCUUAUGCCGAUUUUAAUACAAAACAGUCCUGCCUUGAUUAUCAGCAUAAGCUCGCAGGCAAGAUUCGGUUGCCCGUAUACGGCAGUCUACAGUGGGGCCAAAGCCUUCGUCGCAUCACUGAGUAACGCCGUGAAUCGAGAAAACACGCUGGACGGGGUGGAUGUGUCCGCUAUUGCCGUCAUUUCUGGCGAGGUUCGAUCCCAGGCGAACUCGCGGCCGGCAACCGGCAUGAUCGAGUGUGAUGUGUUUGCUAGGGAACUGUUCAACAAGGCGCCCGCUGCCGCGGCCCUCGGAACCAUGGAGAUUACCGUCCACUGGAAGCAUCGACUGACGGGGAGUUUGCUGAGGGCUCUGCCUGAGUGGCUCCUAGCCAGGAUGAUCGUGAAAAACCUUCACCGGGGUGACCCAGGAUAA